CUACUUUUUAUCAAGUAAAUCGCGCACAUAAUUAAGUCCGUGGGAACGGAUGUGACUACACGGUGAAAAAAUUUCGUUCCCACAUUUCUUUUUUACUUUUACCGUAUCAUCCUUCGUGCGAGGUUUCCUGUAACAGGUAGUUUAUAAUGGAAGGAGGUGGAGUACUUACAGCAGAACGCAGUCCUGCACGUGCGAAUUUGCAUGUAGCUUUCAGUGAAAAAGGAGAGGUAAAGGAGCGCAGAGAAAAAUUUUUAACAGCUAAGUAUGGAUCUCAUCAGAUGUCUCUUAUUCGUAAAAGACUUGCGGUUGAAAUGUGGCUAUUUGAUGAGCUAGAAAAAUUAUAUGAAUCAGUUAACGAAAGCGGCAAAAAUCGGGAAGUUGAAAUAGAUAUAGAUGAACUUCUUGAUAUGGACAGUGAUGAUCAUAGACGUAGAUUUUUACAAGAGUUGCUAGUUGAUACAAAGAAACCACCACAUGAUAUAAACAAAUUCAUUAACGAUUUACUCGAAAAAGCUAAAACACUUUGAAGAACUUCCGUGUUCUUCUUAACACUUACGUGUUUGCAAGGACUUUUUUGAAGCAUUAACAAAUUUGCUCAGAUUUUGGAACGAGUCAAAGACAUAUUCAAGCCUUAAUGAAUCGCGUACAAACGCGACUCAAAUGCCAAUUUAUCAUUAUACUUGGAUCGAACACAACGGGGAAAAGAAAAUGAAAAGAACAAAAAGAAAAAAAAAUUCAUCAAAUGACUCUGCACAUUUUUAUUCUAGCGUAUAUUAUUUCAUAUUGAAAUCGUAAGCAUUAGUGUCUGACUUAUCUCAGUACAACGGCUAACUUUGUUAGUUAUUUAUGUGCGCAUCGCAUAUCAAGUAAUAAACCUCACAGUACACGGAACUGCCUUGCUGUACGAUCCAUCCAGUGUGAUCUAUAGUAGAAAACAUUUGUUCUUCUACACUCUAGUUUUGUAUGCAUUCUAAACUUCAUUGUUCGUAGUAACAUUUAUGUUAUUAAGGAUGAUUAACUAACAAAGAUACUUCCAAAACGUUGUAAUUAUAUCAAAUAAUUUGUAUGCAUAUCCUAUGUUCACUGAAUUGUCUCGACUGUGGAUACGAUUGGGUUUGAAAUGAUCGAUAAUUCUUAUGUUGUAGUUUAACGAAUUAAUACAAAACUUUUUCUAUUUAUUUUAGGAGAUACUUUAAGAGAGUAGAUAUGCAAAAUUUUGCAUCGAAUGCUUGUACGAAUUUAAAAAGGAAACAAAAAGAAAAAAAAGAAAAAAAAAAGAUGAAAUCUGUUUGAUAAUAUAAUAAAAGCGUGUAUGUUUCAGAUGAUAUUAUUACUGGCACAGUAAUAAUUAAAACGUGGAAAUGACACCUAUUGUUGCUCCAGUACCGAAUCAGUAUUGAAAAUUAUUGCGAAACAAAUUAAAGUCUGCCGUAAGUUUCUUGUUCUUGGUUCUUUUGAAUAAUUGUUGUUUAAAAUCAUUCAAAGUUCUUGUUAAUGAAGAGAGAGAAAGAGAGAGAGAGGGAAAAAAACAUAAGAAAAAGUAUGAACAUUCCUAAAUUUAGAAAGAUAUUAAAUUUUUUAUAUUUUAACAACAUAUCGACGAUUUUUUAAAUUACUUUGUUAUUUAUAUAAUCAUGUUGUUAAUUUUCAAGAUUUUAAAUUACUAUUUAUAGACAUGUUGUGCUCGUUUAAGUGAUCGAUCGAUCAUUCUGUGACGAAUAUUUAAUAGAUCAAUUUGCAUGUUUAUCUUGAAAAAAAAAAAAAGAAAAAAAACAUACGGAACGAAAAUGUACAAGACUUCUGUUCUGACGGCCUCGUUCGGAUAAAAUAAUUGUAAAUGCGUAUAAUUUAUUAUGAUGUAAUUCGUGCGAAUGUAUACGUGAUUCGAAUUAACGCCUGUGUUAUGAGAAAGAGGGAGAGAAAGAAUAAGGGAAAAGAAUUCAUCGUCGCAAUAGAGCGCACGCAAUCAUAGGUGACAUUUAUACGAUUUACCAAUCAAUCAUUUAACAUACGAGCUAUUGUGUAAAAUGUAUCCAUAGUUAUUGUAAAAGAGGAAGGAAGUGAACUUAACGCGAACUUCCGGACAACCCAAAGGAUCUCUUGCACCGAUGUAUCUCGCAUUAAUUAUUUAAAACCAAAAAUGAACAAAAAAAAAGACUGCACAAGUGGAAUUUACCUUCCUCUUAGACACCACAUGUUAUAUACAUUUAUAGAUGCGUACAGGAAAUCACCGUCAAAUGGCAAAACAGGAUGAUAAAAUGGAUAUAUUAUCGAAUACGUAGUAUCAGAUGUUGAAUGAGGAACCGACGGACAAAAAUGUAUGUAAAGAAGCAAUACCCACACCAUGUGAUUACCAUAACGAUAUAUAUAUUCACGUGAAAGAAAAAGGAAAGAAAUGGGGAAGAACUUCGUGGCUAUCUCAUGUUACGAAGGAAAACGUACACACCAUUUUUGUAGUGUUGUUAAUCCCCAUUUGAAGAACAGGAAAGAAUGAUUUUAUCCAAGCAAGGCUUAGUGAAUCACGAUUAUUUUCACGAGAUAUAUUUGAGUGUGCAGAGAUUUACAGCUGCCGCUUAUCGUUUGGCAAGAGCGUGAUCUUUGUAGACUUGAUUGAGGGCAUAUAGAGAAAUGUGUUUAGAAUAUCAUCACUCACCCUCCACCCCUUUUUCAAAUAAGAAAUAAACUUCCAUACGAUUUAGGCGGAUAAUGUGUAAUUAAAGAAAGAAGAAAAAAAAGAAAAAAAAAAAAAAGGAAAGAAGUCUUCUCAACUCAAUUAUGUAAUUAUAUUUAAAACUUUAUACGACGAAAUAUAUGUGAAUGUGUAAUUAAAAUUAGAGAAGUAAAAAAAACGAAAGAAAAAGAAAAAGAACUACUAUACAAUAAACCUUGAUCUCGUAAUGAGUAGUGCAAUCGUUCGACGUGUUCGUUCAGCUCAGAUCAAGCGAAAUCAUGUGACACGUCGUGUCAUUUAACGAAUCGAUUUUUAUGUCGAACGAAUACGUCAGAAUUUAAUCAGAGUUUAUUGUAUUAGAAACGAUACAAUCAAUUGGUGCACUUGUGAUCCAGUGUGUGUGGUACAACGGUAUGCGACCUUCGAUAGAGUUAUGUUCAUCGAAUCGGAAA